GUCCUUUCCGAUAACUCGAUUAUCUUUCCCUGAAUACUCUUCAAGUGGGCAUGCGCAAAAAGCGGAAAUUUACUUCCGGGGACUACACAAACCAGGAAGUAAACAGCAACAAGUGAAAAUGGAAAGUAAAGAUUCAAAACUAAUAAAGAAAACGGGCAGGAAAACCCCUAAGUACUGUUGUAUUUGUAAAGGAAUUUACAGAGGAAAGGUUAUUGAUGGGAGAAAAGUGUCAUUGCACCGUUUUCCUCAGAACAAACGUUUAAAACGUGUGUGGGUGCAGCGAUGUAAAACGGUCAUGAGAUCGUUCCAGUGGAAUGAACACAGACGAUUGUGUAGUGAGCAUUUUGUUGGCUUCAGAGGACCUUCAUUCCAGCAUACACUUCCAUCUAUGUUUCCAACUGAGACUGGUGCUACCAAAACCUUCCAGCCAACGCUCCUUGAUGAAGACGUAGGUGAUGAUGAUGAUGGUGAUACGGUCAAUGACGAUUUAGACCUAGAACUGUCAAAUGAUGAUAGUAUACAGCCACAACUGUCAUUUGUAUCCCCUUCCGGGCAUGCCAUUGAUACCUCUGUCCACCUGCAUGAUUACUGCAUGGGACCAGUACUACAGCCACAGAAUCAGUCCUUUAGAUGUUGUGACACACAGACUGAGAACAACUGUGCAGUGAUGGAAGUACAAACUGAAGAAAGUUUCCUGGGAAAAACAGCAGACUUCAGUUCACAAACAGAACAUUCUACUAGAGACUUUGGUGUACAAUGUCAGCUACCUAUGCUCACAUAUGAUGACGUAAAAUACAAUGACGAUUUGGUCAGUUUUUACACCGGAAUCCCUAAUCGAGUUGUGUUUGAAGCUUUGUUUGAUGAAAUCAAGGAUGAAGCUGAAGUGCGGACAUCAAGGCGGAAACUUAACUAUAAAGAUUCAGAUGGAGGACGGCCAAGAACUCUAAGUGUUCUGGAUGAAUUUUUCAUGGUGCUGAUGCGCCUACGUCUAGGUCUGUUAUUUGAAGAUCUAGGUACUAGGUUUUGCAUAUCCACUUCACAAUGUAGUGACAUUGUUGAAAGAUGGAUCAACUAUUUACAUGUACAAUUAUCCUUUCUUGUUCAAUGGCCAUCUCGUGAGGUAGUGAAAAAUAACAUGCCUGAACAAUUUAAAGAGAAAUAUUCUAACACUAGAAUUAUUAUCGACUGCACUGAAAUUUACAGUGAAACAUCCAGUUCUCUUUCUUUGAAAAGUUUAAUGUACAGUGAUUACAAGUCUCACAUGACUCAUAAGAUUUUGGUGGGUAUAAGCCCAAAUGGUGUUGUAACUUUUGUUUCUGACUGUUGGGUGGGCUGUACCAGUGACAAGAAACUCACAGAAAAAUGUGGACUCUUGGACUUGCUUGAAGAAGGAGACGCCAUAAUGGUUGAUAAGGGUUUCACUAUUACAGACCUUACUACUCCAAGAGGCAUUCAUCUCAUUAUUCCACCAUUUAAACAGAAAGGAAAACAAUUCUCUAAACGUGAGGUUCUCCUUACAAAAGAUAUUGCAAGUUUACGAAUACAUGUUGAAAGGCAAAUGGAGAGAAUCAAGAACUUUCGAAUAUUGCAUGGCAAUAUUCCUAUAACACAGUCAAGGAGAAUUUCUAAAGUGUUCAAAAUAUGCACAUAUUUGACAAAUCUAUGGCCACCACUUGUUCAAUAAUAACUCAUGUGUCAAUGAAAGCGUUUGUAUAUAUCAAGCAUUAGAUUUAGGGAUAAAAACUUGUAUACUUCUAACUAGAACAAUGAAAUUACAAUUUUGUUUUAAAAUCAUUUUUUCGAGCAAGUUAUAUGAUAACAUAUGAGAUUACACAUUUGAUUCAGGUUUGACAAA